AUGCCGCGAGCUACCGGCAGGAAGCCGGGAGCUCGGUGCUCUUCGAGAACUGCUCGGCAGAUACCCACCAGAGUUGGGGCGGCGGUGGUGCCUUCGUGGAGAACUUCACACAGGGCCCCAACAGCUCUGCCAUCUUCCGCAGCUGCAAGGCGGGAUUGGAUGGAGGCGGUCUCCAUGCGGCAGGCGGCUACCAGCAGGAAGCCGGGAGUUCGGUGCUCUUCGAGCACUGCUCGGCAGAUCGUUUCACACAUGCUGGCCUGGCCGAACUGGCGGUCUUGGAAUUCAUGGGACGGAGGCGGUGUUAUCGCCGAAAGAGUGGAGGGCAAGGGCUCCUCCAUGCACUUCAAGGCAUGCCGGGCAAAUGGAGGUGGCGGCCUGAGGGUCACCCAAGGUGGCACAGUGCACCACGGCGGUUCGCUGAAGUUCGAGGCAUGCCAUGCCAACAGCAUCGGCGGCGGGCUCUACUUGAAAGAAGGCCAAGGACAAUUUGCAAAGCUGCUUCUUGAUGCCUGCGAUGCUGACGUGGCUGCAGCCGCCUUCGCUGCAAUUGCAGCAGAUGACACAGAAGCAGAAGUGCAAAUCGAGGAGCUCUCAUUGUUGAGGGCGAGCAAAGGCGAUGUCAACGACUUCGCAGUUUCAGGCCUUUUGAGGAUCGGCUCCGCUCACCUGACGACGGAGAGCUCCGGCAUCUCCGUCUCAGCACGUAACCUUUCUCUCGAAGACGUGAUGAAUUGUACGAGUACCUCCAGUUGCACAUUCUACGCGAACGCCUCCCGAUUUGCUGGAUUCCUUUGCCCUUUGGGCACGGGGUCGGUGGAUUUCCAGGCGUUGCAUGAUUUCGGCUGCCUGGCAUGCAGGCCAGGGGACACACAGGUUCUGAACGUGACGAGCAGGCCCUGCAGCCAGUGCCCCGAGGGAGCCUUCAAGUGCCUGGCCAGCGAGCUGAAGAUGGAGCCUGGGCUCAUGGUAGAGUUGCCCGACGUAAACCGCAGCUUCCACUGUCCUAACGAGGCUGCUUGUCCUGGGGGCGACGUAUCCCAGGGAAGCGUGCGCAAGGCAAUGUGCCAAGACGGCUACCGGGGCCAAGGCUGCACGAGCUGCAGAGAUGAGUAUGCCAUUGCGGACAGCAGCGUGUUCUCGUGCACUGCCUGCAGCAAAGACCGUCGUGUGCAGGCGGUGCAGUGGAUCACGUUCCUGUCUCAGCGCGCCUUCCUCUUCGCCCUCGGGGCUCUCAGCGCCCUUGGAGCCAAGAAUGCUGGGGACGUGAAGCAAAGCAGCAUCUACCUGAACCAGCUGAUGGCCUUUGCCACGAUCUCCAACACGAUACUGGCUGCCGUCUUGCAGACCAAGACGGCGAAGGACAUCAAAAACGAAGCCGCGAACUUCUUCUUCAGCGCUGCUGCGCACACGGCAGAGGCUGCCUCCGGACAAGGAUCUUUGCGCAGCGCCUCCUCGCAGUGUCUCUUGUCCUACGUCGGCUACGAGAAAACCCUGUGGGGCACUCACCUGCUGGAUGUUGUUGUGGCAGCCGGGCUCAUUUCAUUGCUGUCCUUGAUGAAGGACUUUCGUGCUGCGCUCAUCGCAGGCCUGAACUGCUUUCUGCCCACCAUCGCUGCCGACUUCGGGAAGUAUCUCGUGUGCUACCGGCUGCGGCGAGACGACGCCACCGGGUUCCAGGGCCUCCAUUGCCCCUUCCUUCCGAGUGCCGGGCUCGCCGGGACGACACAGGUGGUUGGGGGCCUCACUCUGUUCAUCAUCGCCGCUCUGUGGACAUGGCUCAGCCUCUCCAGAUCCGAGGAGGAUCCCAAGCCCAGCCACGUGGUCUUCCUGACCAGCAAGUACCAGCGCAGAUACGCGCUCUUCGAGACGGAGCGCUUGAUCAGGAAGACCCUCUUCACGUUCAUCGGUGCCUUGCUGCCCAUCGCCUCCUCGCCAGCGUUGCAGAUGGGCUGCCUAGGCAUUGUGGUUUUGGUGUCGCUGUUUCUGUACUGCCGCUACAAGCCUUACCACUCGCCGGAGUGGAACUGGAUCGAAAUCUGCUUGCUUUUCGCCGCGAUGGUGAUGAUCACAAGUGUCUCCACUUUGCUUGCGAAUGAGUUCCACUGGGGCCACUCGGUACCCACUCAGCAGUCGAUCAUCUUCGCCACUGCAGGCAUUGCGGCGGUGGCUAGUGCCAUCAUGGCUUUCCGGGUGAUCCAAGAGCUCGUCCGGGAGCAGAGGCAAGCAGCCAAGUGA